AUGGGUUGCUGUAUAAGUCAGCAAGUAAAGUCAGCAAAGAGAGCAAAAAUAAUCAAAUCAAAAACUAAAAGGAGAAAUUUGAGCAUAAAGCAAGGUAAUUUUGUAAAAUUGUUAGAAUGCGAUGUAACUAAAAAUUAUGACCUUGGAGAAAUUUGAUUUGAAGAUGGAAACUAUGAAUUUAGAACAGGAAUAGAAAAAAAGACCGGCAUCCAGCGAGCGAUCAAAUCUAUCUUAGUUGGAGCAAAUAGCAGUUAUAAAAUUGAUCAUAUAUUAAGUGAAGUAGAAGUAUUGAGAAAAUUAGACCACCCAAGUAUUAUUAAAGUGUACGAAGUUUAUCAUCAUAAUUUGCACUUACACAUAAUUACAGAGCUUUGCACUGGAGGAGAAUUAUUCGAAAAAAUGGGCCAAAUGGAAAGUUUUUCAGAAAACCAAGCGGCUAAGUUUAUGAGAGAAAUUAUAUUUGGAAUUAAGCAUUGCCACUCUGUUGGCGUGGUGCAUGGCGAUUUAAGGCCUGAGAACGUUUUAUUUGAAAACGAGUCAGCUGAUGCAAAACUGAAAAUUGUUGGAUUUGAAAGGGCGCAAUUCAUAAAGCCAAACGGAAAAUUAACGAAAUUUACUGGAACUUCAUAUUUCGCAGCUCCUGAAAUGAUUUUAGGAAGCUAUGAUAAUAAGUGUGAUAUAUGAAGUUUAGGGAUUAUCCUUUACAUAAUGCUGUCAGGCCUAGCUCCAUAUAAAGCUAAAUCUGAACAAUCACUUUAUAGAAAAAUCCAAGAAAAGCCAGUUUCUUUUGAAUUUUCUGCAUGAAACGGGAUUUCCAAAGAAGCUAAAGAUUUGAUAAAAUGGAUGCUAAAGAAAAAACCAUCAAAUCGUCCUACAAUAGAUGAGGUUUCUGAGCAUAAAUGAAUAAGGCAGAGAGCUAAUAACUCAAUAAAAGACAAUCCAAUAGUAUCCAAAUCCUUAGCAAAUUUAGCCUGUUUCAAUAUAUGUAACAAGCUUCAAAAAGCCACUCUAACUUUCAUAACAUCUUAUCUCUCUACUAAUACAGAAAUAGCGCAUCUUAGUGAGAUUUUUCAAGCUCUUGAUGAAAAUGGCGAUGGAAAAUUAAGUGAAGAAGAGCUAACAAAAGGCUUCGAAAAUAAUCAUCAGUUAAUGAAAAUUGAUGUGCAUGAAUUGAUGAAAAAUUGUGACUCUGAUAAUAAUGGAUACAUUGAUUACUCAGAAUUUUUAGCUGCGGCUAUGAAUUGGAGAAAAACUUUAAGCAAGGAAAAAUUAUAUCAAGUUUUUAAGGUGUAUGAUAUUGACGGAAGUGGGAAAAUCUCUCUUGAAGAGUUAAAGCAGUCUUUGGGAGGCAAUGAUAGUAACCAUCUUGAGUUAUUGGAUAUAUUGAAGGAAGCAGAUACAAAUGGAGAUGGAGAAAUCGAUUUUGAUGAAUUCUCAGAAAUCAUGCUCAGCAAGCUGGCUAAGCAUGAUAAUGCGAAUGAAAUAGAAUAUAAAAAGCAUAUUACUUCCGAAAUAUUCUUUAAUAAAAAAGAAAUAAUUAGUUAA